UGUAGGUUUUUUCGUUAAGUCUUGCGUGUGUGCUAUAGGUUAUAAAUAAAAUAAAGCACUUUUUUCGUGCAACAAUUUUUUCUGUUUACAUCAAUAUUUGGUUCAGGUUUUCGUGCGUCAAAUAUAGUAAAAAAUUUGUGGGCAAAUAUUUCUAAACUAUUAUAUUGUGUAUUUUGUAAUUAGAUAGAGAUGAUGUGCUUUGAUACAAAAGGAAACACACAAACAGUUAAUUUCACAAACACCAAAAGUUGAUAAUAAUAAAAUAAAAUACAUACAAACAUAAGAAAAGAGUAGGGGACAGAGAAGACAGUUAAAUUAUCUACAACCAAGCCUUCUCGUACCAAUAGGCUUUGGAAACAGUUCAGCACUUAAAGGAGUUUCUCUAUUGUAAAGCUAUUCAACUUAUUCAACCAUGAUCGAUCCUAGUUCAAGUGAAGAGGAGGGCGAUGAUGAUCCCGUAGUCGCAGUCCCGCCCAAAGGGCGCCCAGCUGCAGCAGCAUCUUCUACUUUAGCUUCCAAACCUGCUGCUAAUCUCGCAGCGACAAAUGCCGACUCGAGUCUUUCCAGCUCCAAACACAAUGGGGAGCAAUUUCAGCCCGUUUCACAUAAAUCAGUUAGUGGAGCAUCAGGAAUGCCCGGCAACGGAUUUGAAAGUGGAAGUGGCAAUGUGGCGGCCUGUGGGAACGGCAAGUUGGAGCACGGCGCAGGGAGCGAAGCAUCCGGAAAUUUAGAAGUACCAAACAGUGCCAUACCAAGCGCGUAUCAUAAUUCCUUUAGGAGAACGAUAACGCCAAAUAAGCCAACUCGUUCCCAACCACAACAUCCCCACAGUAGCCAUUUGUUGAAUAUUGGCAAUAAUAGUAACAAUCAUGUGUGGUUGCAACAAAUUCAUCCUUCUCAUCCACAACAUAACAGUCAGACACACCAACAGUACAUGCAACGUGCUGCACACCAACAGUAUCGCAUGCACCAUCCAGUUAACAGGGGUGCGCUGCAUCCCAGUGUGGGAUGUGGUGAGGCUGGUGGCGCAAUGCAUGGCAUUUGUGGUGGUGGUGUUAGUGAUUUGUCUAUGACAAGUGCACAAAUUACCAAAAUCGCUACUACCUAUGCUAAGGUUAACCAUUUUAAUCAAAUUUCAAAUCGAACUUUGGCACCAAUUUCCAGCGGUAUAUCACAAGAGACACUCAACCAGAGUGUUGGCUCAUCACGUGCAAAUUCUCUACCUCGACCGAUAUCUCCGUCACCGUCCGUUGUGAGCGAAAAAAAUGAUGGAGACGUACAUGAGAAGCAUGAACGUCAGGAAGAGGAUCGUAAACGGCGUAUACAAUUGUAUGUUUUCGUUUCUCGUUGUAUAUCGUAUCCAUUCAAUGCUAAACAACCGACUGACAUGACCAAACGACAGCCGAAAAUUGCCAAGCAACAACUGGAGACGAUCACUCAGCGAUUCCAAGCUUUCCUGAAAGGUGAGACGCAAAUAAUGGCUGAUGAGGCAUUCCAAAACGCUGUACAGAGUUAUCACGAUGUUUUCCUAAAGUCAGAACGCGUACAAAAAAUGGUACUCUCUGGGGCUUGCUCGCAGCAUGAUUUCCGUGAAGUCUUCCGCAACAACAUCGAAAAACGUGUGAGAUCCUUGCCAGAAAUCGAUGGUCUUAGUAAGGAGACUGUUCUCACAUCCUGGAUGGCCAAAUUUGACAUAAUACUUAAGGGCACCGGUGAGGAAGACUCAAAACGGCCUUCACGAAUGCAACAAUCGCUCAACAGUGAAUUGAUCUUAUCUAAGGAACAGUUAUACGACAUGUUCCAACAGAUAUUAAGUGUUAAAAAAUUUGAACAUCAAAUUCUUUUCAAUGCAUUAAUGCUGGAUUCGGCGGAUGAGCAAGCAGCAGCGAUUCGUCGUGAAUUAGACGGGAGAAUGCAGCGAGUUAGUGAAAUGGAAAAGAAUCGAAAAUUAAUGCCAAAAUUUGUGCUUAAGGAAAUGGAAUCUCUCUAUAUCGAAGAGCUUAAAUCAUCUAUAAAUCUUUUAAUGGCGAAUUUAGAAUCGUUACCCGUGUCCAAAGGUAAUAUGGAUAGCAAGUACGGAUUGCAAAAGCUCAAACGCUAUAAUCAUAGCACUCCAUCGUUUCUUAGGAAGAUGAUAUUGCGAUCGCAUGGUUCACUUUCGAAAUUGGAAGGUGACGCAGAUGAGGGCAUAACGCAACUAACGAAAUUGGAUGUCGUGCUCACAUUUCAACUGGAAGUUAUAGUCAUGGAAGUAAAGGGCCUUAAAUCGCUUGCUCCCAAUCGAAUUGUAUAUUGUACUAUGGAAGUGGAGAAUGGCGAGAAGCUGCAAACGGACCAGGCUGAGGCAUCGAAACCCAUGUGGGACACACAAGGAGAUUUUACAACGACACAUCCCCUGCCAGUAGUUAAAGUUAAGCUAUAUACGGAAAACCCUGGUAUGUUGGCGUUAGAAGAUAAAGAACUCGGCAAGGUCACAAUAAAACCAACACCGCUUUCAUCGAAGUCUCCAGAAUGGCAUCGAAUGGUAGUGUCUAAAAAUCUUCCAGAUCAAGAUUUACGAAUCAAGAUUGCCUGCCGUCUUGACAAGCCGCUAAAUAUGAAGCACUGCGGACAUCUUCAGGCCAUUGGCAAAUCGGUUUGGAAAAAAUGGAAGAAACGCUACUUUGUUUUGGUCCAAGUGUCCCAGUAUACGUUUGCCAUGUGUAGCUAUAAGGAGAAGAAGUCUGAACCAUCGGAAAUGAUGCAAUUGGAUGGGUACACAGUUGAUUAUAUCGAGGCGGCGAGCGCCAAUUUGAUGUUUGGGAUCGAUUUGAAUGGAGGUCGGUACUUUUUCAAUGCGGUUCGUGAGGGCGAUAGCAUUGCAUUUGCCUGCGACGAUGAAAAUGAGUGUAGCCUCUGGGUGAUGGCCAUGUAUCGAGCAACGGGACAAUCGCACAAACCUACGCCACCAGUGACACAGGACAAGAAUUCUGCGAUAUCAAAAAUACAAGGCGAUGCCGACAAGGCUCGCAAGCAUGGAAUGGAAGAUUACAUUAGCGCGGAUCCAUGCUCGUUCGAUCACGCUGCGCUGUUCAGGGUGCUACAAAACCUCACACUCGAGUAUCGUCUGAACGAUCCAUACGCAUCAUUGGGCUGGUUUAGUCCUGGUCAGGUUUUCGUAUUGGACGAAUAUUGUGCGCGUUAUGGCGUUCGUGGAUGCUACAGACAUCUGUGUUAUUUAUCAGAUUUGCUGGAACGAGCGGAAAAGGAGUACAUGAUUGAUCCUACACUGAUACAUUACUCGUUUGCCUUUUGUGCCAGUCACGUGCACGGAAACAGGCCUGAUGGCGUUGGGAGCAUUACGCACGAGGAAAAGGAGAAGUUCGCUGAAAUCAAAGAACGCCUACGUGGUUUACUCGAGUAUCAAAUAACAAAUUUUCGCUUUUGCUUUCCAUUCGGACGCCCUGAGGGCGCCUUAAAAGCUACACUCUCCUUGUUAGAGCGCGUGCUUAUGAAGGACAUUGUAACCCCCGUGCCACCAGAGGAGGUGCGUAUGAUGAUCAAAAAGAGUUUGGAAACCGCGGCGCUUGUUAAUUAUACGCGGCUAUCAUCAGAGGCUAAAAUUGAAGAGGACCUCCGUGGGGAAAUCGUUGUGGCAGCAACGAAGAAGCUCGAAGACCUGAUACAUUUAGCUGAGCUCUGCGUUGACUUGCUGCAACAAAAUGAAGAGCACUAUGCGGAGGCAUUCGCUUGGUUUAGCGAUCUGUUGGUGGAACAUGCAGAGAUUUUCUGGUCUCUCUUUGCCGUGGACAUGGAUAGGGUUCUUUCCGAACAGGCACCUGAUACGUGGGACUCAUUUCCACUAUUUCAAAUACUUAACGAUUACUUGCGCGCAGAUGAUAAUUUGCGCAACGGGCGCUUCCAUCAGCAUUUGCGUGACACGUUUGCACCGUUAGUUGUACGUUACGUGGAUCUCAUGGAAUCAUCUAUCGCGCAAUCAAUACACAAGGGGUUCGAGAAGGAACGCUGGGACAGUAAAGGGAUUAAUGCAGCUUUAAAUCCAGCAACACUAAAUAACGCGGCUCAGGCUUUAAAUACCGCAGCCCUUAAUCCGGCGGCACUACUUGGGGGCAAAAAAGAUCAGAUCAAUUUCUAUAUACCAAAGCUACCAAGGCGUUCAGCUAAUGCUAACGAAGAUACAAGAAAUGGUUGUGCCACAUCCGAGGACCUCUUCUGGAAACUAGAUGCCUUACAGUCAUUCAUCCGUGAUCUUCAUUGGCCGGAUGCGGAGUUUCGUCAGCAUUUGGAGCAACGCCUGAAAAUGAUGUCUGCCGAAAUGAUCGAACAAUGCAUACAGCGUACAGAUUCGUCGUUUCAAUCGUGGCUGAAGAAAAACGUGGCCUUCAUUUCAACCGAUUAUAUAAUACCUUCAGAGAUGUGCGCAAUGGUUAAUGUGAUAUUAGAUGCUAAAAAUCAAAGCUUUAAAUUAACUACAAUAGAUGGUAUUGAUUUGUACAAAUUCCAUGCGAAAAUAGAUGAUCAAAUCGAUAAAGCGAAUGUAGCCAUGACACAAGGCCUAAUUGGUAAACUUAUGUCUGUGCUAGAGUCGACUUUGUCGAAGUUGGCGCGUUAUGAUGAAGGCAGCCUAAUUGGUUCAAUACUCAGCUUUACGAAUGUAUCCAGUUCAGGGAAGGACCUUGGCCAGGGCUAUGUAAAUUUCUUUCGCAACAAUAUGGAUCAAAUACGUGGUAAAAUCGGUGACGACUUGUGGACGCUGAAUUUUUUCGAACAGUGGUACACGCAGCAGAUUAAUAUGCUUUGUAAUUGGCUCUCGGAGCGUUUAGAUCAUGCACUCCACUAUGCCCAAGUCACAUCGAUAUCGCAUAUAACAAAGAAAAUCUAUUCAGAUUUUGAGCUACAAGGUGUAUUGGAGGACAAGCUCAAUUCCAAAGCAUAUCAAACUGUUGCCCAACGCAUGGCCACUGAGGAAGCAACGUGCGCGCUCACCAUGCCUGAUGUCGCUGAGUGUGACGACAACGUGGAUGCCACGAAAGGCGAGGGCGGAGACGAGGAUGGCACUGGCGAAGGCGAGGUUGGCGGCAGUGGCAGCGGUGGCGGCGCAAAUCGCGGCAUACCAAAACCGAAGAUUGCCGCCGCUCAAGCAGCGGCCGUAACAAACGUUGUGGCUGGUCGGGUUGGCAAUUUGCUGGGCAAGGGUAUUGGUGGGCUUAGCUCAAAGCUGGGAGGUGGAGGUUGGUUUUAAAGACAAAAACACAUGAAACGAAAGGAGAAUAAAACAAAUUGGCAACACAAGCCAAAACAGAAACUGCAAAGAACAAGCGCAAAGGAGUUGGCGCCUAUAUAAUCGUGCGUAGACAUACAAGUAUCUAUUUUAAUAACAAACAAGUGAAUAGGGCGCUAGGUAAAGAGUUCAAGGUUUGCAGGGUUUGUAGGCGCAUAAAAGUGGCAUAUGAAAAAUCUAACACCAUAAGUUAUAUACAUACAUACAUAUAUACAACGUAUGCAUGUGUUUACAUAAAAUUAUAUAUACUUACUUAUACAUGUAUACAAAAUGAGAUUUAUCUAUACUAAUUAUACAGUAUCGGUCAUAUUUAUAGCACGCCAUUUCGAAGUGAUAUUGUG